AUGAGCUUGCCGCACCCCGCGCGUCUGCGUCUACUUGCUCGGCGAGAGCCCAGCCUUGGGCCGCUCCCGGGGCAGACACCGCAGGCCGCUGUCUUCAGACCCCCGGUGUUGGCCGGCCUGGAGGCCUCCGCCUCCCCGGGAGCUACGGUGGGGAGCCCCAAGUGCCAGCGCCCAGGCUUCUCCCUUCUCUUCUGCAGAUCCCGCUCCUCUGUUGCAGUUUCUUCCGGCACCCGGGCUCGGCCAGCCGCCGCUUCCUCCUCCGAGCCGCAGGCCUGCCCCGUCCCUCGGGCCGGUCACCCACGUGAGGGGGUGAAGACCGAGAACGACCACAUCAACCUCAAGGUGGCCGGGCAGGACGGCUCCGUGGUCCAGUUCAAGAUCAAGAGGCACACCCCGCUGAGCAAGCUCAUGAAGGCCUACUGCGAGCGCCAGGGCUUGUCCAUGCGGCAGAUCAGGUUCAGGUUUGACGGGCAGCCGGUCAACGAGGCGGACACCCCGGCGCAGCUGGAGAUGGAGGACGAGGACACCAUCGACGUGUUCCAGCAGCAGACGGGAGGCUCCGGGGCACGCGGGGCCCCGCACUAGCGCGCCGCAGCGAGCACGUGAGCCGCGGUCGCCGCCGGACCCAGGUCGCGCGUGGCGGCCCCUCGCUGAGGCCGCUGAGCGCGGCCGCCUCCGCCGUCGUCUUCCCGGCCGAGCAGCAGCAGCAGCCAGGAUUUGGGGUUUGCUGUGUCCCCUCCGCCCUGUCACCGUGCCCGCCCCCGCCCUCAGCCGUGGGGGCGGCGCAGGCGUCGGACGCCCAGAUUCACGGUUCGCGGGACUCGGAGGCACCAGGCUGCUGCUCACAAAGGACGCGCCACGCGUGGGCGACGCCGGCGCCCUGCCCCUCCCUCCGCGGGUCCCUGGGAGGGGGAGGCCGCGCCCACAAGCGGCUUCUGCGGACCGUCUGCUG